CCAUGCAAAACACAGAUUUUCUUAUGGAACGGAAUUGCCUCAACUUCAAACAGCCUGUGAAAACCUGUGCAAAGCAAUUUGGGACUGGUACUUAUCCUAUGGAGGCAAAAUACAUGACACCAGAUAUGGAGGAACUGUGGGACCUGUUUUCCUGCUGCAAAUGAGGUUAUGCAUCACUGCCACCUUAUCUUGCACCUUAACCACAGACCUACAGUUCGUACCACCAUGUUGUCAUUAGUACUCAAUUCUCUGUAUAACUUCACUUCCUGGAAUAUCAGUGACAUGGAAACAAAGCCAGAGCAGAUGACAGAACAGUGGCUGUUCCCUUCUGCUUAUCAAUCUCUUAAGAUUGGUAUCAUAACAACCCUUGGAUGCCUUAUUAUCCUGGGGAACGCCUUUGUACUUCUUGUCAUUGCCUCUUCUGUUUCUGGCUGGUCCCGCAACAGUCGCUACAUUCUUAUUUCCUUAACUGGCACAGAUGUUACAUUAGCCGUAAUAGUGGUGCCUCUCAAUCUCUAUGGAAGCCUGGCUCUAGAGCCUAGUGGGGACGAUGUGGAGUCCCCAAUUGGGCCUUAUUGUCACAUAGUGGCUUUCAUCAACUCCUCUGUGUUUGCUUCUUCAAUCUACUCCUUGUCCAUUAUCAGCCUGGAGCGCUACAUAGCUGUAUUCUACCCACUGAGCUACAACCGUGUCAUGAGCCGUAGGAGGGUCAAAAUGCUAAUUGCUUCUGCAUGGCUGUUGCCACCCAUCUUUCUUUGCCCGAUUUCUAUCCCUAGUGGUACAGUAAUAAAUGUUUACUUUUCCAGAGCCUCACUUAUUUGUAAUCCUGACUAUGCCAGUAAUGUUCCUUACUCUGUCAUACUCACUGCAGUCAUCUUUUUCCCUUGCUCUGUUAUUGUCACCUUUGCCAACUUAAGACUAUGGCUGGUAGCAAGGAAACAAAAUAGACGGAUGAGUAUUGGCUGGCCUGGGAGAAUACAGAGGCCAACCAUACCCACUGUGUCUGGGAAUCUAGCAGAGAAGAAUAAAAAUACGACCAGUAAAGACAUGUGGCUAAGAAGAGAUACAAGAGACUGUAGCCCAAGUAGGGGAGAUCCUGCUUCCAGAGUGCUUAUUCCUGUUGUCAUUGUCUUUUACACUUGCUGGGCACCAUGCAUGGUUACCAUCCUAUAUAACGCUAUCACUCAGGAGCGUGUACCAGAGUGGGUGGAGUUUGCAGCACUGUGGCUUCCCAGUGGCAAUGGUUUCCUAAACUGCUUUGUCUACUUCUGGAUCAACAGAAGCUUUCGACACAAGUUCCAGAAGCUGGGUCAGAAAUUGUGCCUUUGGCAAUGUUGUAGCCCCCCCAAAAAAGGGCGAAUAAAAAUUGUUGUCAUGAAUGGUGCUGUAGACUAUCCCAGGAUUAAUGAGACCUUUUCCUUGCAGGAGAGGUCAUGUAGUCUCUCCUCCACCUGCAUGUUGCUUCAGCAAGCCACGGACACUAAUGUAUGAACCACAGGAAAUGAGAGGGCUUUUAUUUAUGUUGCUUGUUUAACAAAUUAUUGACCUAAUAAUGCAUUUUAACUAUUGAAUGCCUCCUCCAGAGUAAUGUAAAAUAUUAGCAUCCAUGCAGUUACUUACACCUGUGAAGCAAAAAAUCUACACAUAUUUAGCACUUUACAAUGAUCUGCCAAUUGGAAGCUUUACAAUUGAAUUGGGGCCCAAGAACAGUAUAAGGAAAUAUGUGAAUGGACAAAUUGGAUUUUUUUUCUUUGACUUGCAGGACUUUUAUAUCAUUCUUAACAGAAUCAGGAACAUACUGAUCUCGCCAAUCCUAGAACUAUUUUUUCAUAACAGUCAUGUCUAUAUUGAGAAUCUACUUAAUUCCCAUACAUUCAAAUCGUAUAAAGUUGUUGUUAGCAGGACUAACCUUUAUGGUCCUUAGAGAAUGACUAAAUAAUAAAAAAAACAAUGCAUUUGUGAUGCCCUAAAUUAAUUAUAAAAUGCCACCUCUACUGGUAAACAAAUGUUUUGCUCAUUACUACACGAGCUGGCACUCCACAUAACAAAUUUGAUGUCAUAAUUUUUAAAGUGGCAGUAAAGUCAAAAUGAAACUUUUAUAAAAAAAUUAAAAAAAAAAGAUAAAGUUCCCCUUUACAUUUAUAAAAUGUUCUUCUUUUUCUAGAUGUCCUUUGUUGAAGAGUAAACUUCAUAGGAGCUCAGGAGUGUGCACGUCUUAAGCACUCUAUGGCAGCAGUCUUUGCUAAAAUAUUUGUAGCAAUGCUAUACAUUGUUGCACAUUCUGCUGCUAUAAAGGGAUAAAAGACACAUGCACAUUUUUUUUAGCCUACCUAUGUUUACUUUUCAUUAAAAGAUACCAAGAGAACGCAACAGAUUUAAUAAUAGAGGUAUGUUGGAAGGUACUUUAAAAUUGCAGGCUAUGAUAUGAUAUGUGAAUCAUAAAAGUUUAAUGUUGACUGUCAAUUUAGUAAAGUCAGAUUUUACUUUAUGGGAUACUUUAGUGAAUCUCCUCCUUUUUUUAACUUUUGUACAGCUGCUCAAUAAAAGGUUAAAAGUUCAGCAAAAGAAGCUCAUGGAAAAUUAAUACUAACUGCAAAUGAAUGGAGGUCAUUGGCUAGUCCCUGUUUUGUAUGGAUUAAAGGCCACCUAUUGUUAGCAUAUAGAAACGUCAAAAAUAUCAGUACCCCCUAAUACAGCUAACUAACUGCAGUCCUCCGGGUACACUGACAGGCCAGGAAUAAUCAGUUGAUCUUUAACCAUUGUUAUUAACCUGCUAUCAUCCAAGAUAAUCCUGAACAUCUGGCCUGUUAGGGUAACCUUGAGGUCUAGAAUUGAAACCCUGUCCUAAUGACGCAGAGGCACGCCAUAUCCGUCUCAGAAACAUAAUUAUGUUAGCUCUUCAUCAGAAAAUUAAAAAACAAAAACAAAGCAUAGGCAAAUGUUUAAAAAAUACUGUAAAUAGAUACGUCUUUUUAUACAGCAUUUGUACUACAUUGUCCUGUAGCUAUCCAAUCUAGAAUUCUUAGUAUUUAAUCACAAAUUCCUAGCACUUGAUCUUCAAAAUUGCUGCUGAAAUAGUUAUAUUUUUAGUGGUACCAUUUUUUUUAUUAAUGUAUUUUCAACUCUGAUAGGUUAAACUGUAAGCCUUGAAUGGCAGCUGAGCUAUUGGCCUAUUUAUUACGAGACAGCAUUUUAGAAUUAAUAUAAAAAGUAAUGAGUUGUGUUCUGUCUCUUUAAAUGUUUUCCUGAGUUGCUUUAUAUUUUAUUUAUGACUAUUUUAUUGUAUUUUUCAUUGUUUGUAUAUAGUUUACCAAAUGUGUCUAUAAAAAAGGAAUUCUAAAUGUUAAAAUAAAGCUUCCGGCAUUUUGCGGGAAAUGUACAGUA